AGCCGGCUCCAUAGCAAACUCGCUCAAGAUCGGCCUGGCCAUGAUCAACAGUGAGUUCCAGAACAACAAGAUCAAGAAAGACUUGGACGAAUCCGCCGCCAACGAGGAUACGCUGGGCCUCAAUGAUGACAACGGCAAGGAGGAGUACGGGCUACUGGGCAAUGUCGAGGGCUGCAAUGUGAUCAUAAUG